AUGCUCACCUCAAGACCCACCUUCUUCUUGUCGCGUCGGAAGUCCUGCAGAGGACGCUGCGCCCCCUGUUACCAUUUGAGCGAAUGCGCUGCUGCUGCUGCUGCUGCUGCUGCUGCAGUGGAUGGGGCUCUGCUGCGCUGCAGCAGCAUUCUCGCGCAGCUGCAGCUGCUGCCUUGCUGCUGCAGGCUGCCGCUGCAUGCAGCAACAGAUGCUGUCGAGCUAUCUAAUCUUCACAGAUUGGUGGCGUCUGUAGCUAGCAACAAAGCCCCAGUGCAUGUAGCAGAAGACAGCAGCAGCAGCAGCAGCAGCAGCAGCAGCUCCGGCGGGACGCCGAUAUCCAGAGGGAGGCGCGCAGCAGGCAGCAGCAAAAACGCUGCAGCAGCGACUCACAACGAAAGAGACAACUGCUGCUGCGCUCCCGCAAAUAGCUGCACCUGCAGCAGCAGCAGCACCUCCACCACCACCACCAGUGCCACUGCCAGCAGCAGCAGCAGCAACAGCAGCAGCAGCAGCAACAGCAGUAACAGCACGAGCAGCAGGGAGAGUCCGAGUCACCAAUGCCGUCGACAGCAGCAACAGCAGCAGCAGCAGCAUCAGCAGCAGCCACAACAGCAGCAGCAACAGCAGCAGCAGGAGCAGUCGCAGCAACAGGACCGCCAUCACCAGCAGGAGCAGCAGCAGCAGCAGCAGGAGCAGCAGCAGCAGCAGCAGGAAGCUUCUUCUUCGUGCUUCCGACAGGGGUCUAUUCCAGCUCCGCUGCUGCGGCACCAGGCGCUGCAGCAGCUGAGAGGAGGGCUGAGGGCCGCAGUAACAGAUGCAGCAAGUGAAGGUUUGCUGAUUUACUUCUUCUCUCCUUGCACAAGCAGCAGCAACAGCAGCAGCAGCAGCAGCAGCAGCGCGGCAUUUGUGCUGCGCUGCGGUUUGCUGCUAGAGUAUAUAGCAGAUGGAGACGCCUGUCUCUCUUGGGCGUUUAUAACGAAAGGGAUGUCUCCUGCUGCUGAGAAGCAGCUGCUGCUGCUGCUGCUGCUGUUUGCUGCUGCAGUUUUCUUAAAAGACAUGCCUUAUUGCGUAAGUCGUACGCUGCUGCAGAUACACCGCAAAUCACCCUUCCCCUUGCAGCCUGCUCGGGUGUAUAGGCAGCUCCUUGCGGAGCAGCAGCUGCUUAUCCCGCUGCUGCAGCAACACUGCAACGUACGCUUCGUUCCGGCUCCCGCUGCAGAUGCAGCAGCAGCAGCACCCGCAGCAGCAGCACCCGCAGCAGCAGCAGGAGCAGCAGCACCGUUAGAGCAUCCACCAGCAGCAGCAACAGCAACAAGCGCCUCAGCAGCAGCAAUCACAUCAAGGGGCCCUGCAGCAGCAGCAACAACAGCAGCAGCAACAACAGCGGCAGCAGCACCCUUAGCCGGAGAAUCAACAGCAGCGGCAACAACAGCAGCAGCAGCAGCGGCGGCGGCGGCAGCAGCAGCAGCUGAUGGUGUUUGCUGCAUCCCUGCUCGUCCUGUGAAUCUACGCUGCCGCUUAACAGCAGAUUCAAGCGAUUUGCUGCUGUGCCCUCGGCUGCUGCUGCUGCUGCUGCAGGAGGAGCCCUUUUGCUGCGGGUUGCUGCACCGGGAGCCCGACUGCCCCGAAGCAGAAGCAGAAGCAGCAGCAGCAGCAGCAGAUGCUGCAGCAAGAAGAGGCGAGCGCAACAGCAGCAAAAGGAGACGACGCAGCGAUACACACAACGGCACCGAAACCGCGGAUCCCCAGCAGCAGCAGCAGCAGCAGCAGCGCCAGCAGCAGCGGCAGCAGCGGCGAGCUGCUGCUCUUGCUGCUGCUGGCUUUACAGCUGAAGGACAAGUUAUGCAUGAUAACCUGAGAGAUGCUUCUCGCUGCUGCUGCAUGCAGCAGCAGCAGUGGUCGCGGCGUGUUGCUAUUAUUGAAGCAGCAGAACUUGCUCUUCGAAUCAUCCCUGAGCUGCUGCAGCUGCAGCAGCAUCAGCAGCAGCAGCAGCAGCAACAUGUGCACCUCCGGCAGGUGCAGCAGCAGCAGUUGCAGCAGCAGCAGCAGGUGCAGCAGCAGCAAGUGCCGCAGCAGCAGCAGAAAGGUUCGAUAGGCUGGGCUCCGAGUGCAGAGCUGCAUCAGGGGAUGCAGCAGCUGCAGCAGCAAGAGCAGUUUUCAUGCAGCAGCAGCAGCAGCAGCAGCAGCAGCAGCGGGAGGGUGGCGCCGCAUGCAUGCAAUAGAGUUUGUGAAGAGUUGCUGCGGCUUCAAGGGACUCAUCAACAUAUUAAGCGAUGCAGAGCGAUGCUCUCGGGUGUACGUACACCUCAGCAGCAGCAGCGGGAAGCAGCAGCAGCAGCAUCAACAGCAACAACAGCAACGGCAGCAGAAGCAGCAGCAGCUGCUGCUGUAAGCAGCAGCAGCACCAGCAGCGUUGAAAGGAAGAAGCAGCAAAAGGAGACAAAUUGA